AAUGCCCUUCUUCCCCGUUCCCUGCCUUGUUUUACCCUCCUCCCGAAAAUUCUCUAGCCUGCCUCAGAUCACCAAGCACGCUCGGCCUUUCCUCAUUUGUCAUGCGCCGGCGUCGUUGUUGUCUAUUUUACGGCUCCUCGUCUGCCUAUGCCGCUGUCUUCGCCAUCGAUGCAUAAAUCUCAUUGUCCCUCGCGUCCCUUGCGUCACUCUGUAGAUUCCCUUUUUAACUGUCGUCCCAUCUAUUCGUCCAAAAACUUCUUUUCUUCACAAUAUUUAUCUUUCUCCCGGCUUUGUCAUUUUCCCCUUACGUCGCUCAUCGACUACAGCGCUGCACACGCACACACAUUUACCAUCUGAUCGUCAACUGUCAGUCUAGGAUGCCAGCGGCUGGUAAAACACCUAUGCUUUGGAAUAAGACAUGAUAUUUUUUGCCUCUCCCCUUCAUCCUCACCCUUCAUAGAGGCUUGGCCCUCUGCCUCCAGAGUAUAUAAGAAGGUCUCAAGACAUAUCCUAGGCCACAAAAGACCGCUCGGGAAAUUCUUUGUAUGAUACCUCGCCAUUAUCAUUGCAAUAUUGGGUUAAUUCAUGAUAUAAGUCCUCAGGGAAACUAGUAGGGGCAUGGAUGGCCAUGGCCCAACCCGGAGGCAAAACGAGCCACGCCAAUAUGCAAGUUCGAGCGACAGAUUUGCGCCGUCACAAGUCUCAGGGCGUAGCUUCGCAGAUGAGCUGGCUGGGAGACGUCGACAGCCAGCUGUCGCUGGCCCAGACUCAUCGUCUCAGAGGAAUGCACUAUCUAACUACAGUUUCUAUGCUGGGCAGGAACCUUCAUUUACCGCCGUAUCAUCAGUUGAGCAGGUGACAUACCCGACCGAGUACGCUCAGGAACCUCACCAUCAGCAACCUAAUUAUGCUUCCUACGACUCGAACCUGACUUAUGGCAUGGGCCAGCAGCCUUUGGGUGGGCUCAUGUAUGAGAGCUCUCAGCAAUUUAAUCAGCAACAAUCGGCGGCUGCCGGCCAGGUACUAUCCAAUACCAAUCCUUUCUAUCCAAGCGAUUCGAUGGCAACUCAAGUUCACUCCGGCAUAUAUUCAGGGCCUGCUGGCAGCAUCGGGUUGCCUCAAACACUCCAGGAAGGCACUGCUGGACCAGAAACCUCUGCGACCAUCGACCAUGGAUACCGACGGUGCAGCGCUGAUCUCGGCCAAAUAUUUCAAAAUAUUUCCGAUGGCACGCUCGCAGUGGCAAGCCAGUUACUUUCAUCAUUUUCCGAAUGGCUAAUAUCUCACGUUGAAGAUAUGGAGCUCACUGUGGACGAUACAGCCCAGGAAGAAAUUCGCUCAAAAUUAUGGGACGAUUUCAAUAAUGCGUGGCUUGCGCUGAUGCACAAGCAAAUGACAUUAACAUUGGGGUUGCUCGAGACUGGUAUCACUUUGCAGCAAUCACAGCUGAUGACAGCCGAAGUCAUCAGCAAAAUGUGCAGCGACCUCAUCAAAUUAAAUGAUGACUACCUUGAGAAGCAUGGUUUGGUAAACUAUCAAUAUGGAGUUUUAGAGGAUCAGAUAAUAGAGAGUGCGAUUAUAUGUUUGGAUAUUUUAGAAAAUUAUGGUUCACAACAAGAAGGACAACAGAUGCUAUCAAUUCGAGGGCAAGCAUCAACAUCUCGCCCAGGUUAAUUCUGGAGUUCUUACGGGUCUUGCUGUUAUCAGGAUUGGGAUUCCGACUUUCAACAUUGAAUUGAUGUAAAAUUCGGGUAUUUGAAUCUCAGAGUUGGAGCACAACAGUUUUCCUUGGUAACAUUGGCAAUGUUUUUUACUGGUGCGCAAAUGUUUGAUUCUGGCAAUUGUUUUUAUAUUUAUUGUUACGACUCUCUCGAUAUGUUGGUCAAGAGGGGGCUACACGCACUGGUGAAAGGUGCUUCACGCAAGACGGAUGCUUAGAAGAGCCCGUUUUUCUCCUUAAUAUGCCAUAUAUACUUCGGUCUCACGGCCCUUCAGAUAGCGCAGCUUAGAAAUAGACGGGGAAUAAUAAAUUGUUUGUCAA